AUUGACAUAAACACAAAAGUGUGACAAAGACAGAUAAAAAGUUACUUUGUAGAGGAAAAUGUAAUCUACAUGUAUAGUCUGUUAAAUAUAUCUGUACACUGUUGAGAGCCGGGUUUUCUCUCUUACGCACGAAAAAAUAAUUUUUAAUAAACUUUUUUUUUUAUAUUAAAUAGACGGCCAUUGUUAAUCAUUGCAAUCGAUUAGCAUACUUAACGUAAAUAAAUGUAUGCAUGUUAAAAAUAGUAACAUGUUUAAGUUACAUUGAAGAGUAUCAUUGUGAUAGUUAAUUUGUGUGAUGAAAUAAUGUAUUCUUAUAAAUGCUUACUGAUUAUUUUAUUUUAUCCGGUAUCAAGACAUUCAGAGCACAACUUUUUUCUAAAACCAUUAGAUGUGACACUGGAAUGACAAAGUGGAUAUGAAAUCAGUGGCGUAUAUUACUGAAAAAAUAAAUUCUACACUCAUGGCGAAAGGAAAAUUUCGAGGUUCCAAUGGAAAUAAAGCUCUGUCAUACUUAAAUGGAACAUACAAAGGAGCUGAAGUUUUUACAACAGAAUUCGAUAUUAAUGAAACACCUCCUAGUGCGAGAACUUUACUUACUAAAGGAUAUAUUCAGGAUGAAAUUAAUUCUUUUUCAGGAACUACUGUUUCUACCCGGGGAAGAUAUAUGACUGAACAAGAGAAGACAAGAUGUCCUAAUGAACGUCCACUUUAUCUUUAUAUUCAAGGCCACUCGAAAAAUAAUAUUGAUCUGGCAAUUCAAAAAAUUAAUGAAAUUAUUAAAACGGAGUAUCAAAGUUCGUUAAAUAGGCCAAGUAGAUUUACAAAUGCUCCACCGCCUCUUAUGAGCUUACAUACGGGAGUACCUUCAGUAGAAAAAAUUUGUAUCGGCAUCGAAAAUGCCCCACAAAGUUUUGACUUAUGUGGUCGUAUUAUUGGCACCGGAGGAGCCAAUUUAUUGUACAUUAGAGGAGAAACUGGAGCAAAUGUUACGUUACGAGGUCGAGGAUCUCAAUUUGUGGAUCCUUCUCUGGGAACAGAAUCACCUGAACCACUGCAUUUGUACAUAGAGCAUCCAAAAUCUGAAGCGCUACAAAAUGCAAAACAGUUAGCAAUUAAUUUGAUACAAACAAUGCAAUCAGAGUUUCAGUCGUUCAUACAGCAGCAACUACCGCCAAUCCAACCGCAACAAGUUUUAGAAAAUCGACCAAUCCAACAAAUUCAACAAACUCACUUUCAAACCAUGAAUAUUGGUGCAUUAACUCAAUCAAACGUUGUUACAAUUCAACACCAAGAUAUUAUACAACAUGCUCAAAGUAGUGUAGUUACAUUACCUGCUACUAUAUUAACGGCAACAAUGACAGGUGGACCAGCUCCGGGAGCUAAUGUCCCUCCACCACCAGGAGUUCAUAUUCCAGCACAUUCUGGACCUCUAGUACCUUCUUCGCAAUCUCAAGAAAUGCAAGCACUAAUAUCUUCUGCGCCGUCUGUUGGUCAAGUACAAUUGAUUGGACCUCCGCCGACAGUAAGUGAAGUUCAAUAUCAAAUACAUCCCAGUCAGCCAGUCCAUAUUCAGGGGAUACAGAUGCCAUCGGUAUCACAUUCUUCCACGCCAUCAAUCGCACAAAUGUACGUUAUGAGUCAUCCACCACCGCAGAGUCCAAGUCAACACGGAUUCAUAGCCAGUAAUAGUGGACCAGUCAGUGGAGCAGUUUCUUAUGUUUAUACGCAACCAAAUAUCCAACGACCUGCGACACCUAUCGAAACUGUUAACUUACAACAACCACCACCAACUCAUCAACCUCCACCACCAUUAUUACAUCUUCAUUUUCCGCCGCCGAAUUUUUCAGCAAAUCAGCCACCUCCACCAAUACCUCAGACAUAUCAAAUACAAUACCAACAAGCAGGACCUCAGUCGCAAACGCAGUUUAUUCUACAGUCUGAGGAAUCCAAUCAGUUACAACAAAAUUCUGAACAUGCUCAACAUAUUUUACCACCUCAAUUCGAAGGUCAACCACCUCCUCAUCACCAGUAUCCGCUCCACGUACCUCCACCGUCAACACAAACUUUUAUCGUGCCAAAUUCUCAUUCGCCGAGUCAUCAACCACAUCCUUCUCAUCAUCAUCAUCCCCAUUCCCAUCCUCAUCCUCAUCCUCAUCAUCAUCACCAUCAUCAUCAUCAUCAUCGUCAACAAGGCUCUUUUAUAAUGGGAGUCGAGGGACAAUACGAAGGAGCAAUUGAUCAAGGACCCCCUCAACCAGUACCCCCACCACCUCAGAUGGUACCACCACCGACAGUAAAUCAAUUACCAAACCCAAUAAAUAUUUUAACGACUAUGCCGCCACCGAAUCAACAACCGCCACAGCAAAACGCUCCAUGGCUCUAUCAAGCACAACAACCGCCACCUCAUCAAGGGCAAAUACAAGUUCAAGCACCGCCGCCUCAAGGGUUUCAUCAUGCACCACCUUCACAAGUUCAAUCGCACAUUCAGUAUCAUACUCACCAAUUGCAAUGUCAAAAUGGACAUAUACCCACGCAAGUGCACUAUACUAUUCAACCACCUCCGCAACCCUUUGAAAUGCAUAAACCGGACUCACCAGAGCAUCAUAAAGGUCAUGGGGUGAAGAGGAGAUUUACUGACGUUGAGGGACUUCAGGAAGCAGUUCCUUACCAGUGUGGUCCACCACCGGUUCAACGUCACGGAAAUGGACAGCAGCAAUCGAUGCACGUUCAAUCGAUAGGAGGUAUUGCCCAUCACCAUGAAGAUGGAAAUCAGCUUCUAAUCCAUCCAGGUGAUAAACAGCAUUUGGAUCAACCAGGAUCAAAUUUAGAGAAUGAUCAAACUUAUGCUGGUGAUUGUGGCUCAGGACAGCCAAUUCCACUGCCCGCAGCGCCGUGGCAGUCUCACCAUGUUCGUGUCCCUUGGUCUAGACCUCCACCACCACCGCCACCACCACCAUCGGCUCCUCGUGAGGGAGAACAGCAUAUGUUGUACCCUGUACCACCAUUGCCAACAAAUAUGCCACCACCUCAAAUUAGGCCGAGAGAAUGCAAUGAAACCGGAAAGAAAAAACGUCAAGUUAGUUUAUCAUUUGGAAACACCUUAAGUCAAUUAGGAGGCUCUCAAACAGCUUCACUUCAAUUUGGAGCAUUUAACAUUAAUCAACAGCCGAUCAAUAAAAGACCUCCUGUGUACAGUGACUUGACAGCAAAUAAUAACAAUAAAAAUCCUGCGGCACAACAAAUACCUUUCGAACGCGAAGAAGUUUCACAUAUUGACUUCAGCAAUAAUAACUUCAACCAAAGGCCAGUAAACAAGAAACCACCGGAUAAUCAAUAUGGCUCUGUAGGAGACGUUGAACAACCUUCAUCUCAAGAAAUAUUUAACAACCGUAAUAAAAUGAAUUUAACUUAUAGUCAAAAUAAGAAUGAAAAUUCUCAACUGCAAUUAUCUUCAUCAUCAUCAUCGUCAUCAUUAUCGAAUCCAUACAACAAAAAUAAGAAUGACCAAUUUGUACAACGACCGGUGUCCUAUCAACCCGCCUUCCAGGAGCAGAAUCGAAAAGAAACACCAUCACAGCCAUCAGGAAACGGGGGUUAUUAUGAUAAUAACGGCGAAGUGGGAAACUGGGCAUCAAAUCGACCCCAGUCGCAAAAUAAUUUUAAUGAAAAUGGUAAUAGUGAUAGUGGACAAAAGUUCGAAACAUCAACGCCUAGUACAAUUGAAUUUCACUCAAAUAUUAACAUAAUUUUGCCAACAUUUUCUUUGACCAAUAGAAAUACUGAUAAUGAAAACAACCAACAUCCUAACACAAAUUUGAAUACUCAAAAUAAUCAUCCUAGUAACAAUAAUUAUAAUGACAAGAUUCCAAAUAAAAAUUAUAGUCAAGAAAGUAGCGGUAAUGGUAACUAUAAACCACCAUUAUCAAGUCAAAGUAAUAACAGUAAUAAUAAUUCGGGGUAUAAAAAACCCCAAGAAAAUACAAAUAGCUAUGGAAAUUUUCAAAGUAGUGGUAGUAAACCUUCACAAUCGAAUAAAAAUAAUGAAAAACAAUCAAGUAUUAGUCCAAGUAAUUUUCAUAACAGCGGAAGUGGAAGACCUCAAAAUGAUCGGAACAAUGCAAUGCCAAAUGUGGAAUAUCCUGAUGUAAAUAUAUUAUCCACUACCCGGAUGUAUGAAAGAGAAGAAGGCGAAGAAGAAGAAGAAGAGGAACUAAAGUUUUCAACUAAAAAUAAUCGAACAGCUGCUAAUCCAUCUCGAAGUGGUUGUAGACUACCCAAACAGCCACAAGGUGGUAAUUAUGAACUUGGAGGUUGCGAGUCCUCCUGCGACAAAGUUCCAGGUGACUGGGUACCCAGAAACAGUAUUCUCACGUACACAUGCGAAGAGGGCUACGUCAGAAACGGUAGUGCAGUGUCCGUUUGCCUCAACGACUCCUGGUACAUGCCCCUCUCGUGCUUGAAAUCCUGCCUUGCUCUCAAGAGUUCGAGUGUAGAUAUAACGUGUAAAAUUCGGGGUAUUGCAGUGUCUUGCGAUCAGCCAGCCGAGCCUGGUACUACAGCGAUGCUCAAGUGCAAACCAUCUUAUAAGAUUCCAUUGACUGAUGAUCCUGUAUAUAGGGAGAUUACUUGUCUUGAAAAUGGCAGCUGGGAUCGCUCUGUAUUUAGAUGCUUACCAAAAUGUGGGACGACUAUUUCUCACGGUAGUACACUCAUCGUAAGUGGAUUUACAGCUAAAUUGGGAGUAUUUCCUUGGCAUACUGGAAUUUAUGAAAAAAAGUCGACGAAAACUUAUGAACAAAUUUGCGCAGGCACACUUAUAAGCAGCAAUCUUAUAGUUUCCGCGGCGCAUUGUUUCUAUGACGAAAGCUUAAAUGAAGUGAAAAAUUUCUCAAGAUUCUCGGUAGCUGCAGGGAAGCACUACAGAAAUUGGAAUAUUCAGGAGGACUACGCUCAAAUGUCCAAGGUUGAGUGGAUCCGUCUCGGGAGUCGGUACAUGGGAGCAAGAGGUAAUUUUGCUCAUGACAUUGCUCUACUCAAGCUACUAAGUCCACUCGAAUUGACUAGUCUCGUACGUCCGGUUUGUAUUGACUGGGAUAACGUUAAAGAAAAAGAACAUUUACAGCCUGGAAAAUAUGGAAAAGCUGUUGGAUGGGGAAAAACGGCAAAUGGUGCGCCAAGUGAAGAGCUUCAAGAAAUAAAUAUACCUUUUAUAUCAUUCGAUCAAUGUUUGUCGGAAGUUCCAACCGACUUUCAAGGAUAUAUUACACCAGAUAAAUUUUGCGCUGGUUAUAUGAACGGAUCCAGUCUUUGUGAAGGUGAUAGCGGUGGAGGUUUAUGUUUUGAAAGUGAUGGACUUUGGUAUCUACGGGGAAUCGUGAGUGUCAGUCCUGUCAGGGAUUACUCUUGCGAUUACAAUUCCUACACAGGUUUUACAUCAUUGAGUCACUUUAGCGAUUGGAUUCGUGCGGCUUUUCUCCAGUCGUAAAUGUGUUUUACAAGUAUUGUUUUUUACUAGAGGUAAAAAAUAAAGAAAAAAAUAAAUAUCAAACAAAUAUUCUAUACUGAAAAUCGGAUAGCUCAAUAAUAAAUAUUUGAACGUUUACAUUUGCUAUAUAAUUAGUAGAUUGAUUUGAAGUAUAUGAGUGUACAAAUAAAUGAUUAAUUAAAAUAAAUUAGAGCAAA